AUGGCGGCGACCAAGCCGGCUCCUUCCCCAGGCACACCCUCGGCCACGGCUGCCCCUUCCCCAGGCGGGCAUUUAUCUUUCGCGGGGAUCUCUGAGGUUUUGGCGGCCGCUGAGUUCCGCCCGUGCGGGGACGAGGGGGGAACGCACCCAGAAAUUCCGGAGGUCCAGGCGGCUGAUCUAAAUGCCUCGGUUUUCCCCUGUUCUCAAGAUGCAUCGCUAUGGGUGAUUUCUGCGCCGGAGGAGCCCGAGACGGAGGUUGCUGCAUGUUUGGCAAACUUGUCGUUGGGUUGUGGCGAUCCUCUGGCCUCAGGGGCCCAGCAGCUUGUUUUGGGCCGGUCUGUAUUGGGCCCUGAUGAUGUGCUUGCUAACAGCCCGGAGGCCUUCCGAGUUUCAUUUGAGGAUGGGGUGGAGGCCAUGAGGCCCAUUACACAUGGUCCAGAGAUUGUGUCCCCGGUGCAGAUAGAUCCCGUCGAGGCGUCAUCGCCGUCCCUCUCGCCAAUUCGGUCUGGCUCGCCGGCGGGAUCCCCUCCGCCUGUUCCUGCUGUUGAGGGCACUGGAGUUCUUCCCCAAGCCGACUCUGUUCCCCCCUUCUCACCAGUUCCAUCUGUGCCGGUGGCAGCACCCGUGGCAGCUAUGCCGGUCCCUGAUCCGCAGGAGGAACCUCGCUCGGCAAUCAGGUCUCCUCUCUCAACUCGGGUAUAUUUCCGGCGCCGGUUCAAGAGAAAUUUGAUAUUGGCUGAUGCACCAGCGGACCCUCAAUCCCCGCAACCACCUAGUCCAAUGCCUCUUUCUCCAGCCGCUGCUUUUAUUUCAAAGCUUUCCAAGACUCCAGGGGAGCUGCUGCCGAUCCCUCACAUUAACAAGAGGAGGAAGAAUCUCAGACCGCCUCCGAGCGAGGCACCGCGGCGCAGCCAACGUGUGGCUGGGCUGGCUCCUCAAGCCCUAGAAAUCUGUCCCAUUCACCUCAAGAAAAGAGUCAUGCGUGCUCUGGAUUUAAAUGUUGGGGAUACUACACAGGACAAGGAGCAACUACCUCAGGAUGUUCUUGAUGAGUAUGCUAAGCAGUUCUCACAAUCAAGUGGAUCUCAUGUUAAAGCCUUGGCUGCCUUGUUUGGGCUGACUCCUCCGGAAGAGGAUUUUGGAGUCGAGUCGCCUGGAUUAUUGGCCUGA